UUUCUGUCAUCAUGGGCUUGCUGAACUGUUUUAAGAUCCUGCUCUACAUUUUCAAUAUUGUUUUUAUUGCUGUCGGCUUAACUUUGAUAGGCAUUGGGAUAUGGACAGCUGUGACCAAAGUGUACGUCUCUUUUGUCAUCGGGGACACACUGUUCAGUGCCGCAUCCUACAUGCUUAUUGGUGUUGGUGUUGUCUUGAUAACCGUCUGCAUUAUCGGCAUCUGCGGUUUGAUGAAAGCUGACACAAGAUGGCUCCUGAUAUAUUUCGGAUUCCUGAUAUUCUGCUUCAUUAUCCUCCUCACGGCAGCUAUUCUCGCCAUUGUGUUCAGGUCUGAGGUGGAAAAUGUGAUGGCUGAUAAUAUGCGAAAGUCACUGGUAAAGAGCUAUGCCAAGGACAAGGAGAUCACAGAUGCUUGGGAUCAGCUACAGAAAGAUCUGCAAUGUUGUGCAAUCAGCAGAACCCCUAUCACCUCGACUUCCGGAAUGCAGUUUCAGUAUGUAGACGACACAUAUCCUAUUCAGGCAGAAAUUGAGUACCAAGAUUCGUGGCCCAUUUAUAAGAGGACUGAAUUUUACCGCAGACAGUUGAAUGUGGGUCCUCAGCAGAGGAAGUACGUGCCUGUGUCAUGCUGUGUGUAUGACAAUACGCUGGAAGACUUUCUCAACAAGGACGUCUGCCAGUAUUUCCCCAACGGACCACCGUACAACUACGAGCUCAUGCUCACAAACCGUUAUGUGAAUUAUGAGGGCUGCUACGAGAAGGCCAAAGCACUUGUCUUGAAUCAGUCUGACAUCAUUGUGGCUAUAGGAUUUGUCUUUGGAUUCAUCAUGAUUGCCGGCAUGGUUUUGACCUUCUUGUUGGUUCGCUGGAUGACCACAGAGGCUGAUGAAAUCUCUCGGCGGAGACGACCAGACAAUCUCUGAGUCUAGGGAAAGUAGGACUUAUUGUACAAAUAACAGUAACCUUUGUAUAUAUACAGUUGAAACUAAGUCGGCCACCUGUUGUCACAGAGAAAAGUGAUCGUAUAAGACAGGUGGCCGUCUUACACUUCGUCACAGUGUCAUUGUAAUAAUAUUUUUAAAUACGCAAGGAGGGAAAUGGGAAGUGGCUGUUUGUACAGGUGUUUUUCUUAUACAGGUGCCUUUUAGGGCAGGUUCAACUGUUUUUAUUUUGUUCUUGAUUCUGCAGUCAAAUGACAAUAGGAUGCGGGUCAACAUGGUGUAGUGAUUGAGCACUAUCCUCCUAGUCCAGGGGUUAUGGGUUUGAUCCUUGCAGAAGUUCAUAGGAUUUUUUUAAGGAAAUUUUCAUAGCUAUCUGAAUUUAGCCCGUUCUUAUUGCAGAUCAACGUUAAAACUAGGGUGUUACUUCUUGAAUAUUGAUGCUAUUGUUUAAAUGGAUCUUUAGACAUUUCGCAAUUUGCUAAACUGAAGUUGAAAUGAGAAAGGAGAUUUUCUACUUGGUCAGGGAUUCAUUUUAAAAUGAAGACUUAUAUUGCUCAGCAUAACUCACAGAUGUAUACAGUUUGUAUUAUUGUGGUUCUAGUUGUUGUUUUUAUUGUUGGUUUAUUCAAAUAUUAAUGCAGUGAUAUUUUUUGUUAUGAACCUGUUUGGGGAUUACAAGGUAUCAUUCAGUCGGCAGUUGACAGGUACUCUUGUGUGGUUUGCUCCUUUUUUGCUGUCAAACAUCUUUCAUCCUCCUUAUAUCUGUUCCUUCUUUUCUUUGU